AGGUGCCCGAGUCUAAGUCCUACCCACUGAGGAUGAGGAAAAGACUUAAGAGACGUGUGGAAACAGUGUCAUAGCCGUUGUCAUGGUGUUGUCCGAGAACACCGAAAGCACUGGCUGCUCGUGUGUAACCUGGGGUGGUCUAACGUCAGAGUCGUCGUAAUGUCCAUGAUCAGAAUUGAAAAGAGGAGAAAGUGAUCUGACCCCCAAAUUAGCAUGUGGGAAUGGUCCUUGUGCGGAGCGAGAAUGGGCAGUUGUUAAUGAUUCCUCAGCAGGCCCUGGCCCAAAUGCAGGCCCAGGCCCACGCCCAAGCCCAGCCUCAGAGCACCAUGGCGCCCCGCCCUGCGGCCCCCACAAGUGCCCCUCCCGUCCAGAUCUCCACUGUACAGGCUCCUGGCACACCUAUCAUUGCACGGCAGGUGACCCCCACUACAAUAAUUAAGCAAGUGUCUCAGGCCCAGACGACGGUACAGCCCACUGCAACCCUGCAGCGCUCCCCUGGGGUGCAGCCUCAGCUGGUCCUGGGCGGCUCUGCCCAGGCAGCUUCACUCGGGACGGCCACAGCUGUGCAGGCAGGGGCACCUCAGCGCACGGUCCCAGGGACGGCCAGCGCCUCCACAGCUGCCACGGAAACCAUGGAAAACGUGAAGAAAUGUAAAAAUUUUCUGUCUACGUUAAUAAAACUGGCUUCAUCUGGUAAACAGUCCACAGAGACAGCAGCUAACGUGAAAGAACUGGUGCAGAACUUACUGGAUGGGAAGAUCGAAGCCGAAGAUUUCACUAGCAGGUUAUACCGAGAACUCAAUUCUUCACCUCAACCUUACCUCGUGCCUUUCCUGAAGAGGAGUUUACCCGCCUUGAGACAGCUGACCCCCGACUCCGCGGCCUUCAUCCAGCAGAGCCAGCAGCAGCAGCCACCCGCCUCACAGGCCACCACCGCACUAACGGCCGUGGUGCUGAGCGGCUCUGUGCAGCGCACGGCCGGCAAGACGGCCGCCUCCGUGAGCAGCGCCCUGCAGCCCCCUGUCAUCAGCCUCACGCAGCCCACACAGGUGGGCCCUGGCAAGCAGGCACAGUCUGCACCGCUGGUGAUCCAGCAGCCCCCGAAGCCAGGAGCCCUGAUCCGGCCUCCGCAGGUGACCUUGACCCAGACGCCCAUGGUCGCCCUGCGGCAGCCUCACAACCGGAUCAUGCUCACCACUCCCCAGCAGAUCCAGCUGAACCAGCUGCAGCCAGUCCCAGUGGUGAAGCCCACCGUGUUACCUGGAACCAAAGCCCUUCCUGCCGUCGCCACGCAGGCAGCAGCCGCACAGAAAAACAAGCUCAAGGAGCCUGGGGGAGGUUCGUUUCGGGACGACGAUGACAUUAAUGAUGUUGCGUCAAUGGCUGGAGUAAACCUGUCGGAAGAAAGUGCAAGGAUACUGGCCACAAACUCUGAGUUGGUGGGCACGCUGACGAGGUCCUGUAAGGACGACACCUUCCUCCUCCCCGCGCCAUUGCAGAGAAGGAUAUUGGAAAUAGGUAAAAAGCACGGCAUAACGGAAUUACAUCCAGACGUAGUAAGUUAUGUAUCCCAUGCCACACAGCAAAGGCUACAGAAUCUUGUAGAAAAAAUAUCUGAAACGGCUCAGCAAAAAAACUUCUCCUAUAAGGAUGAUGACAGAUACGAGCAGGCAAGCGAUGUCCGGGCUCAGCUCAAAUUUUUUGAACAGCUUGAUCAGAUUGAAAAGCAGAGGAAAGAUGAGCAGGAGAGGGAGAUCUUGAUGCGGGCAGCAAAGUCUCGAUCCAGACAAGAAGACCCAGAACAAUUAAGACUGAAGCAGAAGGCGAAAGAGAUGCAGCAGCAGGAGCUGGCACAGAUGCGACAGCGGGAUGCCAACCUCACAGCCCUGGCAGCGAUCGGGCCCAGGAAAAAGAGGAAAGUGGACUGUGCAGGGCCAGGAUCUGGAGCAGAGGGCUCGGGCCCCGGUGUGGCAGUUCCAGGCAGCUCCGGCGUGGGAGCCCCCAGGCAGUUCACUCGGCAGAGAAUCACACGGGUCAACCUCAGGGACCUCAUAUUUUGUUUAGAGAACGAGCGCGAGACAAGCCAUUCACUGUUGCUCUACAAAGCACUCCUCAAGUAACACAGGCUGCCGGUGUUUCUGACAGAGACGCCUGGGGACGUUUUUAUAUAUUUGCAGAUUGCGCCUUUUUGUAACAAGCAAAUGGGAUAUUGUUUAAAAACAGCCACCUCUUUGCAAUGGAACAGUUUUAUAUUCCAGUUUCUAAAUCAGCUCAGUGUGGAAGGAAACCUCUCCUGUAGCAGAGAACACAGGCCUGUGGAUGCUCCUGAAGGUCAGCUACGCCCCCGCUCAUCCUCGACUGAGUGGCCUUCUUGCCAAACAAGCCAUAUUAAAGACUGACGAGCCGUUCAGUGACCGCGCUGCCCUGCCAGCUCGCACAGCCCCAAGUCCUCGUGCAUUUUGGUUUAGUUCACCUAACGUACCACGUAGGUGUCUGUCUACAGCCGAUGACCUCAUUUCACUUAUUUUAUUUUUGUAACAGUCAGUUGGCUAAGCAAACUGAUUUUUAGACUAUUUAUCUUCCUCCUCUUCCCCACUCCGCUUGAAGUUCUGCAGGAACGUGCGGUUUACCGCAGCACCGUCACCUCGAGUGGGCCCGCGGUCCCGCCUGGUGGAGGCCGGAGCCCAGCAAGCGGCCCCUUCUGAAUGUGCUCAGCAUCUGUACAAAUGCAUUUUAUUUGCUACAGUUUGUGAAGCUGUAAGGUUAAAAGAAAUGAGAACUUUUUCAGCAUAAAUAUAUUUUACUUGCACUGUGUUUUUUAGCUAAAAGUGAAAACUUAGAUUAAAUAAAAUCAAAGUUGAGAAGAAUCAUCAAAA